AUGCCGGGAUACGCCAAAUUCAUGAAAGAGCUAGUUACAAAGAAAAAAAGCUUGGAGUAUGAAACAAUCGAGCUACCCCAUAGUUGCAGCGCAAUUAUAACAAAUGAGUCAAUCAUUAAGAGAGAAGAUCCUGGGGCAUUCACAAUCCCGUGCACAAUUGACAUGCUCCAAUUCGCUAAAGCUUUGUGCGAUUUAGGAGCAAGCAUUAACUUGAUGCCCUAUGCAAUAUAUAAGCAACUUGGUUUGGGUGAACCAAAGGCAACUACAAUUAGACUCCUUAUGGCUGAUCGAUUAAUCAAACACCCCAUAGGGAUACUCUAUGACAUACUAGUAAAAGUAGAUCGGUUCAUCUUUCCAGCCAAUCUUGUGAUUUUGGAUUGUGAGAUCGAUGCUGAAAUCCCCAUUAUUUUGGGAAGGCCAUUCUUAGCUACCGGGAGAGCUUAG